CCUCACGUAGGCGGCGAGACGCAGCGAGGCCACCCAGCGUCCAGGACCCGGAGAAGAGAACAGGAAGAAGAGGAGGAGCGUGCCCGGACGCGGGCGCCGGUGCUGGUGCCAUGGCGCUAUUUCUGGCGCGCCACGCGCUCCUCGCCGCCGCUCGGAGCUCUGCCGGUAGCCGCCGGCUCCUCCGUCACCGUGCUCCGGCGGCGGCGCGUCCGUCCUCGGGCGCGGCAGAGGCCGAGGGGCCCGGCCGGGACACUGCCAUGCUGCGGCACCUGUUGUUCAAGCUGCGCGCCACCGGGCCCGUGACAGUGGCCGAGUACAUGCGGGAGGCGCUCACCAACCCCGGCCAGGGUUACUACACGCGCUGCGGCGGCAUCGGAGAAAGCGGCGAUUUCGUCACCUCACCUGAAAUAAGUCAGGUAUUUGGAGAGUUGAUAGGAAUAUGGUAUGUCAGCGAGUGGAUGGCCUCGGGCAGACCUCCAGCGUUCCAGCUGGUGGAACUGGGCCCGGGGAGAGGCACUCUCACUGAUGACAUCUUACGGGUCUUCAAGCAGCUUGCCUCUUUACUUAGUAAAUGUGAUAUCUCUGUCCAUCUGGUAGAAGUGAGUCCCAAACUCAGCAAGAUCCAAGCGCUGACGCUGACGGGACGGAAGGCGCAGUUGAACUCCAAGGACAAGUCUGCUUACAUGCAAGGCCUUAGCAACACUGGAAUUCCCAUCUUCUGGUACAGAGACAUUCAAGAUGUGCCAGCAGGUUACAGCUUUUACCUGGCCCAUGAGUUUUUUGAUGCCCUGCCAAUACAUAAGUUUCAGAGAACAGAGAAAGGCUGGCGGGAAGUGUUGGUUGAUAUAGAUCCGGAAGUUCCUGACCAGCUGCGGUUUGUCCUCUCACCAUCCAGUACCCCUGCAACAGAAAACUUUAUUCAGCCAGGAGAAAGGAGGGAUCACAUGGAGGUGUGUCCUGAGGCCGGCAUCAUCAUUCAGAGGCUUGCCUCUCGCAUAGAGGAGGACGGAGGGGCCGCGCUCAUUGCUGACUAUGGGCACGAUGGCACCAAAACUGACACUUUCCGGGGCUUCCGGAAUCACAAACCUCAUCAUGUACUGAGAGCUCCAGGUACAGCGGAUCUGACUGCAGAUGUUGAUUUCAGCUAUCUUCAAAAGAUGACAGAGGGAAGAACAGCCACGUUGGGCCCCAUAAAACAGCGGGAGUUUCUAAAAAACAUGGGCAUUGACCUUCGAUUACAGGUGCUCUUGCAGAAUUCAUAUGACAAAGCAACUCAUGAGCAGUUACUUCAUAGCUAUGAUAUGCUGAUGAAUCCCAAGAAGAUGGGGGACUGUUUCAACUUCUUUGCCCUGCUGCCGCACUGCAGACUUGAACUUCCUGCCAAGAAACCUCAGCCCAACUCACAAGCUCCCUUACCUCCUGUUGCUGGAUUCAGUGAGCUCUCACUGAAGUAAUUUAAAAUACUAUUGCAAAAUGUCUCAAAAAGCUUUCAGUAGAAACCUGUUUAA